UGUAGAGGCGCACCAGCGAGUCAACCUACAGCUUCUCGUGUAUAAGGGGGAAUCGUGGCGGGCUAAGGAGUAUUUCUUGAGCCAUGGAAUACCUCGACUUCGGAACCCCCCAGGACCGUAUAUACAUGCACCCGAGACCGACUCCUCGGCCGGACAAUGGUUCCUCUGAAGCCACCCCGAGCAGUCAGCCUACCGUCGCGAGAGCAACAUCCGGACACGGCAUUUCUCCCGGGGCCAGCGUAAGCAAGCCUGAGCUAGCCGAACAGCCACAGCCUGGACUUAACUCAUCCCAAGCGGGAGUCGGUGAAACACGCGCAAGCACUAACACGACCUUCUCCGCGGACUCACGACAAAACGCUGGCAUAGCUGCAAGCACCAAUACUGUCCAGCAGCCAGUCUUCCCCGUCCAAUUAGCGCACGAACAGCACCUGGAAGCAGAGGCGCUUGAUGAUAAUGACUCUACACUCGGAAGCGAGACCGAGUCUUUUACUACAACUUUGUCGGAAUCGGUAUACAACUUCCGUCAAGAGCAUGGCCGAACUUACCACGCAUACAAAGAUGGCAAGUACAUCUUCCCGAACGACGAGCGAGAAGCGGAGCGGCUUGACCUACAACAUAACAUUUUCCGGUUGACCUUCGGCAAUCGCCUCUACUUUGCACCUUUAUACGAGCCUAGACAUGCCAUUGAUGUAGGAACCGGCACUGGGAAAUGGGCCGUCGAAUUUGCAGACCGUCAUCCGGAUUGUCAAGUUGUUGGCGUGGAUCUUAGCCCGAACCAACCACUAAUGAUACCACCAAAUCUUAGUUUCAUGAUCGACGACGCAGAAGACGACUGGCUGUAUCAUCACCGCUUUGACUACGUGCAUCUGCGUCUGAUGGCGGGUUGCUUCGCAGACUGGCCGAACCUCUUCCGGCAAGCCUACGAAAACCUCGAACCCGGCGGCUGGAUUGAGCUACAAGACUAUGGUCUGCCGGUACGGAGCACCGAUAACACGCAUAUUGGUACCGCCUUGCAAAGCUGGGGUGAGGUGCUCUGUGAAGCAGCUCGUCGAUCAGGUCGACCCAUGGGCUCUGACGUGUCCGAACGGUACGUUGGCUGGAUGCACGAUGCCGGCUUCGUCGACAUCAAGCAAACGACUUUCAUGUGGCCGACCAAUGGCUGGCCCAAAGAUCCAUUUUUGAAGCAUUUGGGUCGGUUGAAUCAAGUCAACAUACUUGAAGGUUUGGAAGGCUUCUCUCUCGCACUGCUUACGAGAGGCAUGGGAUGGAGGAAGGAACAGGUAGAUGCAUUCGUAGCGGCGGUGGGGAAAGACCUGAGCGACCGGAGACUACAUGCUUACUUCCCCAUGCCGGUAACCAUUGGGAGGAAACCGUUCAGCCAUGAGCAGCCGCUGGGAUAAACGAGAACUAGACGGGAGUGUUGGAUUCGGCCCGGCGCCGGAAGCUGAUUUUAUUUUCUAUCAGUCGUUCUGCCCCAGAUAUAGGGCAGCGAAAGAAGCCAAUGUCGCUUGCAGAUAUGCUAGAACCAGGAGAUAUUCGCUACUGUAGGCCAUAGCAGCUUCUCUUUGGCUUGGCUACACGCAGUUGCGCGUUGCAGCGGCGUCACGAGCUCCUCUUCGUUCACGCUUACUGCUUGUGACUACCCGAUUAGUCCCAGGCGAAACCCGCAGCUUGCCGAGGCGUUCGGAAGGUGCCGCGAACUCUGAUAAGCACGAG